AUGACCUCCAUAAACCUAAUAGCCUGUCUCCUCAUAAUUGGAACUUCACUCAUCUCAGUUCUUUGCGAUGUUCCAGCUCCAAUAAUAAAAUCUCUGAAGGUUAAUUGCGACAUAAAAUAUAAAUAUGCCACAACAUUGGUCUCAAGUCGUAUAUUAAAUCCAGCAAAUAUUUCUCAAGAGGUUCAUUUUAGAGUUACUCUACCUCAAGAAGCCUUUGUAACUCGUUUUGUAAUGGUGAUCAAAGGAGAGCCAUACGAAGCUUACAUUAAGGAAAAAGAGGAAGCUAAAAAGGAUUAUGAUGCAGCCGUUAGUGCUGGUCAAAGUGCUGGACAUAUUUUUCAAACAAGUUCCCGCUUUUCUAAAGACUUCACUGUAUCGGUGAAUGUAGCAGCAGAAGAAAAAGCAGAUUUUAAUGUUACUUAUGAGGAGCUUUUAACUAGAAAGAAUGGUACCUAUAAAACUGAAAUUAAUAUUGAACCUCAUCAGAUUGUCCCAAAUCUCUCAAUUGUUGUUAAUAUUGAGGAUGUUUUGCCAAUAAAAAAUGUUAAAGUACCACAAUUUAAAAUGUCAAAUGAGAUUGACCAAAGCGAUGGAGAAAACACAAAUGCUAAGAAAGAAGAAAUUUCUCCUAAUAAAUUUCGAGUGGAAUGGAAUCCUUCAAAAAAAGAACAAAAAGAACUAAAACCAGAAGGCUUGAAUGGACAAAUGAUAGUAGAGUAUGAUGUUGAUGCAUCCAACAAAACCCAACAAAUUAUGAUUGAUGAAGAUGGAUAUUUUAUCCAUAUACUUAGGAAUGAUCUUCUGCCAGUAUUGAAGAAACAUGUUGUAUUUGUUCUUGAUGUUAGUGGGUCAAUGUAUGGUCAUAAAAUGGAACAAAUGAAACAGGCCAUGGAUAAGAUUUUAUCUGAUCUAUCUGAAAAAGAUUGCUUUAGCAUUGUUUUGUUUUCUGAUGCCAUUACUGCUUGGAAAGAAGAUGGUGCUGACAUGGGGGCAUUAAACUAUUAUUAUGGUUAUCGUGGUGAGGAACGUAAGAGUUUUUCCGCAGGAGAAGAAAAUGUUGUAACAGCUAAUAAAGACAAUAUAAAAAAUGCUAUUAAUUUCACUAAAAGUCUCGGAACAUAUGGAGGUACCAAUAUUAAUGGAGGAUUGCGAGUUGGUAUUGACAUAGCUAAAAUAGGUCAACAGAAAUUCAAGAAUGAUGUUCAUCCAGUCGAACCAAUGAUUAUAUUCUUGACUGAUGGAGAACCUAAUACUGAAGAGUCUGAUCCUGACAAAAUCAUUGAUAAUGUUGGCAAACGCAAUACAGAAAAGGUUACUAUAUUUUCACUUAGCUUUGGUUUUGAUGCUGACCUCAACUUUUUGAAAAAGCUCUCAUUAGCAAACAAUGGAUUCUCGAGGAGAAUAUACGAAGGUUCAGAUGCAGCUUUGCAGCUCAACAACUUUUAUAAAGAAGUUGCUUCCCCGGUUCUAUCAGAUGUCAAAUUUGAAUACCUUCCUGAAAAGGUUGAAAGCACUACUGCUGAAACAAAAAAUUUAUUUUCUGGUUCAGAAAUUCUUGUUCUGGGAAAGGUGAAACCAAAUAGUACAGUUUCUGGAGUCCUCUCGGCUAUGACAGCAGAAGGCAGGAGAAUGAUACAAAUGCCAAUAGACUAUUUGUUUUUGCCUCCAAUAGAGCACAAGCCAAAUCAGACUAAAAUAGGUUAUUUAGAAAAAAUGUGGGCCUACAAAACAAUUAAGUCUCUUCUUGAUCAAAACACUGUAUCUGAAAAUGUUACUUUAAAAGAAAAGGCAAAAGAACUAGCCCUGAAGUACAAGUUUGUUACUCCACUGACUUCACUGGUCGUGGUAAAACCAAAUGUAACCUCUGUGGUGGAUGAUAAUCAACAAGAUAGUAAGAAUCAAUAUCCAAGAUAUGGUGGAAUUGGUGUGAAUAGAUAUUAUCGACCAAAAUCAAUCAUUUCACCAUCUGUAGUUGGCGGUUCCUAUAAUAUGUAUCACUCUCCUUCUUAUUCAAGGAGUGAUAUGUCUUCAAGACUGGCAGGAGGUGGAUUUUCACAAGUGUUGAUGGCUGGUGCACCAAUGUAUCACCAAUCUGGUUUCGGUGCAGGUGGUUACGCUGGUAUGGCUGCUAUGCCCAUUCCACCAAUGGCACCAGCAAGUAUAUCAGGAGGAGUACCAACCAGGUUAUAUUUUCAGCAAAAAUUUUAUACCACCACAAUGCCUCAAAGUGUAACAGCAGAUAAUGCUUCUGUUAUUCCAUAUACGAAUGUGACAUGGCUCAACCAGACAAUAUCUGAUGAUGGUCUUUAUCUCCAGCCUCCUCCUGAAGUAGAUAGAAAUGAUGUCAUCGCAUUGAAUGAGACUGACAUUUCUACAUCAAGAUGCAGUAAUGGAAACCCUUGCCGUCAUUUUAUAUUCUGCUCAUUACACUCUUUUGCUGAAGACUUCCAAGAUUAUCUUCCUUACAAAUGCCAUAUUGAACCAAGGUUUCUUGGAGUAUGUUGCCCAGUUUGA